AUUCCGGGAAGAGACGCGGAUCAAUCAUUUUGAGUGGAACUAUUCAGUUCAAACAGUAAAUAGUCAUCUGAGGAAGACGAGGUGAAUGUUGAGUUUUGUUGACUUCGGAUAGUUUUUACGCGUGUGGAUCGUUCUGUAGUUUUAACAGUUUGUUUGCAGAAGAGUAAAUAUCACUUUAUUUGGAAUCGGGCGUUUUUAACUCCAAGUAAUGACAGCCCGAUCAAAGCUGAAUGACGGACCUGGUAGGCUAUUGUAAUAUUUUAUACACAACUCGUGAUUUUCUGGAAACAUCUCAAGAGACAACCAUUUUCAAUUUCAUAUAGACUAGAACAUUAGCAGCAAAUUAUUUUGGAACGAAGAACUUUUUACCGGAAUCACAUGUCAAAUGGCAGAAGAUAAUGAACAGUACAAUGCUUCUGAAUUCAUUAAAGACCGUCUGUACUUUGCCACUCUACAUGUCAAACCAAAGAAUACAGCCAACACACACUACUUCAGCACGGACGAGGAGAUCAUAUAUGAGAGUUUCUAUGCAGACUUUGGGCCGCUCAACCUGGCCAUGCUGUACAGAUACUGCUGCAAAGUCAUAAUGAAGCUCAAGUCCUUCACGAUGUCUAGAAAGAAACUGGUCCACUAUACCAGUUAUGACCAGAAGAAGAGAGCAAAUGCUGCUCUUCUCAUCAGUGCCUAUGCUGUGAUUUAUUUGAAAAGAAACCCAGAAGAAGCCUACAGAACUCUGAUCUCAGGAAACAACACAUGCUACCUGCCAUUCAGGGACGCAGCAGUGGGAGAGUGCUUCUUCAACCUUACUCUCCUCGAUUGCUUACAAGGAAUACGGAAGGCAUUACAGCAUGGUUUCUUUGACUUUGAAACUUUUGAUGUGGAGGAAUAUGAACAUUAUGAGCGAGUAGAAAACGGGGAUAUGAACUGGAUCAUUCCAGGAAAAGUUCUGGCAUUCAGCAGUCCUCACCAUCACAGUAAGAUAGAGAAUGGUUACCCUCUCCACGCACCAGAGGCAUAUUUUGAUUACUUUCGCCAAAAUGAAGUCACAGCUGUGGUCCGUUUUAACAGGAAGUUGUAUGACAGUAGGCGGUUUGAGGAUGCAGGAUUUGAGCACCAUGACCUCUUCUUCCUCGAUGGGACCACGCCCUCUGACCUCAUCAUCAGGCGCUUCCUGCACAUAUGUGAAAGUACUGAAGGAGCUGUGGCUUUGCACUGUAAAGCUGGCCUUGGCCGUACAGGCACUCUGAUUGGCUGCUACCUGAUGAAGCACUUCCGGUUCACUGCAGCUGAGGCCAUUGCAUGGAUCAGAAUUUGCCGGCCUGGUUCCAUCAUCGGCCCCCAGCAAAACUUCUUAGAGGAGAAACAACACAGUUUGUGGGUCCAGGGUGACGUUUAUCGCUCCAAACAGAAGCUCAUUCAGCAAAGACUGAGUCGACGACAGCAGCUACAGCAACAUCGUCAACAGCAGCAGCUUCACAGCCCUGAGGGAGGCAUGUCCCACCUACUCUCCAGCAUGGAUGACCUAUCAAUCAACACCACCCUUUACAAAUCAUACAGCUUGGAUGAGAGUCUCACUCAGGGAGACAAACUGAGAGCCCUGAAGGGAAAACGACCGCCUAGAUCAACCUCAUCCUCCUCAAGGUUAAACCUGUCCAAGGCCUCUCACGGCUCCAUUCUCCCACCCCCGAAGUCCCCUAAAGACUCCAUCUCCUUCCCCUCCUCUUCCUCCUCUUCUAAGAAGCUUAUACGAAGCUCGUCCUCCCUCGCCACGCAGAUCAAGAGUCCCUUCAGUCUGUUCACCACCAGGCCUGCUGCCAUUCACUGACGUCACAAUUUGCACAAGUUGAUUCAAAUGAUAAUGAAGUCAUAAACCGGACUACCACCAUGCCUCGGUUGUCUCGGCCUCAAAUAUUUUAUCAAACUUGACAAAUAUUUGAAUUAUUUGUCUGACAAAGUAACUACAGGGAUUCACAUAAUCUAGAGUUUUGUAGAGUCAACUCAAAGUAAAGAAGCUUAUAUUUUUUUACCCUGGCACCAUGCAUGAUGAUGACCACCUAGCUAUAUUUGAACUAAGGUGCUAAAAAAUUACAAGCUGAUAAAGGAGAUAUUUGCACACUUACAUCUAUCCCCCACAAAUCUCAAAGUGCUAUGUCAACUAUGGCAAGCCAGCAGGGACAUUCCUUUGUCGCAUUUAAUAUUAGAAGAUGGCCAUGAUCAGUGUAGUGUUUGGAACAUCAACCAACUAUACUGUCUAGGGAGAACUCUUAGUCCUCAAUGGAUUGUGAGAUAAAUGGGUCGUCUACCAAUCGAAAGAUUGCCGGUUUCAUACCUUCGCUCCAUGUCGAAGUGUCCGUGGGCAAGACACUGAAGAGGUUAUGAACAAUAAUGGUUAUUAGGCAGCUCUAGAUGUUACCCUCACUGAAAGCCUUAUAGUUCCCCCUGUCGGUUUCGGGAGAAUGUGGAUGUACACCUCCUGUCUGAUUUUAAAGAUCUGCUUGUGCAAACACUUGUAUUUACUGGUAGCCUUGCACAAGUGGUCUGCAGGGUGGAGAGCAGGUAGAUUUUUGGUUAUGCCCUCAGAUUUAUCAAGCCCUCUCUUUGCUGGUUUCUCCCUCUAGCAUAAUUUUUGGCAAAGCCAUCUGCCCUCUACUUGCUAAGAUGCCACAGAGCUAUGGCUACGCAGUCCCAUGUUGCUAAUUCUGGAGCCUUUAUCUCUAAUAAUUAUCUGUCCCGUCA